AUGGAUUAUUACUCAAUGAGUUCACAUACCAACAUCUCAAUCCAAACCACCACAACACCAACACAGGUGAGUGGAUCGCCAGGUGUAGAAGAGAACCUUAACGUCACCUGCUACGUAGUACAAGAUUUUGGUCUGCUCUUUGACACCGCAGACAUGUUCCUCAACUGUUUUCUCAUACACGCACUUUCGUUUUUCGGCAUCUUCGGCAACAUCAUCAACAUCAUUGUACUCUCUCAUCACGGGUUCAAGGACACCACCAACAUCAUCUUGACAUCGCUCUCAACAUCCGAUCUCCUCUACUCUCUCGUCACGCCAGCCCGCAGGCUGAAAUGCGUCAUCUCCCAGUUCAACAUCCCACUAUCGACCACCGUCGAAUCGAUCACUACCGCGUUUCUCUUCGCCCCCUCCGUGACUCUGAUAGCGAUUAGUAUGUGCCACAUCACGUUGAUCGCUGUAGAGAGGCUUAUCGCUGUCAGUUUACCGUUUCACGUGUCUCGUUUGUUCACUACAUCUCGCGUUAAACGAACAGUUUUUAUCGUUUAUUUCAUCGUCAUCGUCAUGUCUUCGCCAGUCUUUAUGAGGUUAAGUUACGAAUGGGUCAAAGAUGAGUUCUACAACGCUUACGUUGCUGUGGUUAUCAACACACGGUUUUACCAGGACAAUUUAAACGUAGUUGAUACGUACAGUGUGGGAUUCCUAAACAUGUUAUUUUCUGUUUUCACGCUCAUUAUCAUCCUUUUCUGUUCCUUUGUCAUCAUCGUUAAACUGAGGUCCGAGUUCUACAAAAAACAAAUCACAAGAUCAAUGGACUCGUCCAAAUCCAAACUGAAGGAAAUGAAGGUGUUUAAGAUGUUGCUGACGGUGUGCCUGGUCUCGGCGGUGGUGUGGGUCCCCACAGCGGUGCUGGACAUGCUGCAGAUCUACGGGGACGGCUUGGCCAGGACGGACGGGUUCAGUUACCUGGCCCAGAGCGUCAACUGUGUCCUGUAUCAGUUCAGCUGUAGCGUCAACUUCGUCAUCUACGUCACAACCAGCUCCAAGUUCUCGGCGACAUACAGACACUUGUUUAAGCUCAGGUAG